GCCAGGUUUCAUGUGUAGUUUAAUCUACCGAUCGACCACAUAAUGUUUCUAUUUCCGAUAAGUCGUUUUUCGAAGUUUGCUGGUUCUAUACUUUCGCUGUCAUCCUUUUUACUCGGACUGCAGUCAAUUGUACCGUGUACCAGCAAAAGCGGUGCCACCAAGAAUGUUGCAAGCUGUCGAUGUCUGCGUAGCGGGAGCACAGUGAUGAUGAUUUGUCCAGCAAUGCAAAUACAUAUUCUAGUCCAGACAUUUUAGGGGCGUUUUGCAAAGUGAGUGUAUUAAUAAUAUCGGUGCAACUUGUUAACGAGCGGAGUUAAUCGUUCCCUUCCUGUAAGCUACAGAUAAUUAUAUUGUAGCUGGAUAACUAGUUAAAAUCGGAUACAAUGUGUCACUGCGCCGUAUAGUUUAUGGUGUGGUUUACAUUGUAGCGUUCAACAAAACGAUUGUGUUCUGGAUGCGCAAUGUAUUACUUAGGUACAAUAGACGGCCAGCGACACUCCCUAAGAGAAGUCUAGACGGCUAACUUAAUAGCUUCAAGGAGCAACAUUUUACAACAGAAACGGAUGUCGUAGUUAUGUUAUCCCACAUAUAGCUUGUUGGUGUUAUUAUUCAAGGCUCUGAACUUACAUAUAGCCCACUAACAACUUGAGCAUCUUUAUGUUUUGAAGCCUUAUGGCGUUUUCCCACGGACUCAAAAGCAUCUCAGACAUUUGGCUCAUUGUUCCACCAAUAAAAUAAAAAGUAUCUCAGCGGGUGUAUAAAGCAGGCUAGGCAACUGUAUUUAACGUUUUGCUUUGCUCAGCAGUCUAUGGUUGUGUCAGCAUAUGCAUCAACAAACACAUUUUCCACCAUUAAUUUUAAAAAAAAUUCCCCGGGACAAGCACAGAAGCAUGGGAAUGUAAUAUGAUGAUGUUAUGUGGAUAUUCUUCUAGUCUGACCUUUUUUGGUAGCUGUGUUCUCAUGGGUCACAUGUCAUACAGGUCCCGCACUUGUUUUCUCAAACAAUGGUAGGAAAAGGGUCACUAAUGUUUCCUUCACUAGGACCUCUCCUAUAUGGAGUUCAGAUCCGCCUCGGCAGGUUCCCACACUAUGGUCUAUACCCACACGCUUGUACACUGCAGUAUACGUCUCUAUCCUAGAUUACACUGUAUCUUCCUCUAUUGCACUUUCUUUCUCCAUCUCUUUCUCUGUCUCUCUUUUUUUCUCUCUCUUUCCACAGAGUUUGGGUUGUGCUGUGAGGUAAGCCAAGGCAACUCUCCCAUGUGUUUCUGUGGGACUGACUAUGCUGCUGUUGGUAGCACUGGUCAUGGUCUGUACUUACACUGUGGUAGCUGCCGAGGAGGUUGAGAACACCAGCCACAAACCACCACUCCACUACAGCAGCCUCGCGCUGCCACAGCACCAUAUCCCCUACUUCCUCCACACUAACAAGAGAGUGGCCAGGCUUUGUCGAGAGGACCCGCUCUGCCCUUUUAAAGAUGCUCUGCCGGAUGUGUCGUCCUGCUGGGGGUAUGAGAAGAACUGUGCCCCAGAGAACCGCUUUGGCUAUCCUGUCUGCACCAAGAUCGACUCUGGAUGGGCGAGCUCAGUGGAGGCAGCCCAGGAGCUGUUCUGGAAACAGGCAGACUUUGGUUAUGUAAUGGAGCGCCUCAGUGAGAUGAAGACCCUCUGCAAGGCCACCAAUCCUGGAGAUUCAUCUCUGAAAUGCUCCAGCCACACUCGCUUCUGCAGGGCGACCAAUCUGUACCUGGACCUGAGGAACCCUCGCAGGGGUCAUGAGAGGUAUAAGGAGGACUUUCUCCAGGAGGGGGAGAUUGGGGGUCGUUGCAGUCUGAACAGCCGAGCGCUGGCCGCAGAAGGAGAGCACAAGAGCCCUCUGCAGUCCUGGUAUGCUGAACUGCAGGCAUACACAGAGCUGGACUUCAACCCCACAGAUGAAGAGCAUUGUGACAUCAUCAUUGAGAAACCUACUGUAUUCAUGAAGCUUGACGCAGGGGUGAACAUGUACCAUCAUUUCUGUGACUUUGUCAACCUGUACAUUUCCCAGCACAUCAACAACUCCUUCAGCAGAAACAUCAAUAUCCUCAUGUGGGAUACGAGUUUUAGUGGAUAUGGGGAUCUGUUCAGUGAGACAUGGAAGGCUUUCUCUGACUAUGACAUCAUCCAUCUGAAAACAUUUGACACUAAAAGGGUGUGCUUCAAAGAUUCCGUGUUCUCCCUGCUCCCCAGGAUGAGAUAUGGGCUGUUCUAUAACACACCUUUGAUAUCUGACUGCUACAGUGAAGGGAUGUUCAGGGCCUUCUCCCAGCAUGUUCUAUAUCGACUCAGCGUUCCACAGGUUGGACCCAUGGAGGGGAGGAUUCGGGUGACGUUGUUGGCACGCAGCACAGACUACCGUAAGAUAUUGAACCAGCAGGAGCUCACAAACGCCCUGAAGACUGUGCCUCUACUUGAGGUCAGGGUGGUGGAUUACAAAUACAAGGACGUUCCGUUCCUGGAGCAGCUCAGCAUUACCCACAACUCUGACAUCUUCAUUGGGAUUCACGGGGCAGGACUUACUCAUCUGCUCUUCCUUCCUGAUUGGGCCGUCAUCUUUGAGCUAUAUAACUGUCAGGAUGAGAGCUGCUAUCGAGAUCUGGCUCGGCUACGGGGGAUUCGAUAUGUGACUUGGCAGAAAAGGGACAAAGUGCUCCCAGAAGAUAAGGGUCACCAUCCCACCCUGGGGGAUCAUCCUAAGUUCACCAACUACUCCUUUGACGUGGAGGAGUUCAUGCGUCUGGUGCUGGAAGCAGCAGACUACGUCCUGCACCACCCCAAGUGGCAGCCCCCACCCAGCCACGAUGAACUGUAAGCCUGCACCACCCCAAGUGGCAGCCCCCACCCAGCCAUGAUGAACUGUAAGCCUGCAGCCCCCACCCAGCCAUGAUGAACUGUAAGCCUGCAGCCCCCACCCAGCCAUGAUGAACUGUAAGCCUGCAGCCCCCACCUAGCCAUGAUGAACUGUAAGCCUGCAGCCCCCACCCAGCCAUGAUGAACUGUAAGCCUGCACCACCCCAAGUGGCAGCCCCCACCCAGCCAUGAUGAACUGUAAGCCUGCAGCCCCCACCCAGCCAUGAUGAACUGUAAGCCUGCAGCCCCCACCCAGCCAUGAUGAACUGUAAGCCUGCAGCCCCCACUCAGCCAUGAUGAACUGUAAGCCUGCACCACCCCAAGUGGCAGCCCCCACCCAGCCAUGAUGAACUGUAAGCCUGCAGCCCCCACCCAGCCAUGAUGAACUGUAAGCCUGCAGCCCCCACCCAGCCAUGAUGAACUGUAAGCCUGCAGCCCCCACCCAGCCAUGAUGAACUGUAAGCCUGCACCACCCCAAGUGGCAGCCCCCACCCAGCCAUGAUGAACUGUAAGCCUGCAGCCCCCACCCAGUCAUGAUGAACUGUAAGCCUGCAGCCCCCACCCAGCCAUGAUGAACUGUAAGCCUGCAGCCCCCACCCAGCCAUGAUGAACUGUAAGCCUGCAGCCCCCACCCAGCCAUGAUGAACUGUAAGCCUGUAGCCCCCACCCAGCCACGAUGAACUGUAAGCCUGCAGCCCCCACCCAGCCACGAUGAACUGUAAGCCUGCAGCCCCCACCCAGCCAUGAUGAACUGUAAGCCUGCAGCCCCCACCCAGCCACGAUGAACUGUAAGCCUGCAGCCCCCACCCAGCCACGAUGAACUGUAAGCCUGCAGCCCCCACCCAGCCACGAUGAACUGUAAGCCUGCAGCCCCCACCCAGCCAUGAUGAACUGUAAGCCUGCAGCACGAGGACAGUUUGGUGAAGUCAAACACACGACUAAAACACAGUCGUCUUAUAAAUCUAAAACUAUUUUUAAGUCUAGUUCUUGUAUAUUAUGAAGGUUAAAUGUAAGUUUACAGCAUCACUUUUCAGCUAUUUAUUAUUUCAUUUCUUUCUGCAGUGAGUCUUUAACACAGCUCAAGGUGCAUCUCAGUAGCGAUAAUAAAGAGAAAUCAAAUGGCCGUGGCAAACUUAGAGUAUCUGCUACCAUUUUCCUUGUUAGAGAACAGUAUAUGUGCUAUACAUACACUCCUUACAACAAAUGACUAUUUCUAUUACAAGCUGCCACUGGUGGUUGACGUAAUGAUCAUUUGUUUACUUUCUAAAACAAUGGGUUUAUUUUCUGCAUUUUCUGAUUAAAGUGGUGUGUUAUAGACAGACAGGGAUGGAACUUUCAACAUGUUGUAAAUGUGCCCAUUUUAUCAACCCCGCAGAAUUGUCUUUGCAACUAUUUUGUCGUCACUACAUAUAGUAAACUUCCAGGAAGGGAAAACACAAGUGAUAUAGUCAAUCUAAAGCUGGAUGUUUUAUUUAGAAGUGAAAGGGAGUCAGACCUUUUGGUCAAUGUUUUGGAAAGUCUUGUAAGUCAUGUUAUAUUUCAAAGCCAUGGAAAUGUUUUGAAAUAAACAUUUUCAAAAGUG